UUGGCUCAUAGGUGGAGCAGGAGGAGGGGACUUUGACAAUGAAUGUGCUGAGGACACAUGUUUACAAUGAUGGGGGGACAGAGGAAGAAUGGAGCAGCACAGGAUCACCCAACAAUGUGAGUCUCUUCGUGGAGUCUGUAAAUUAUGGAGAUUCUUUUGGAGAUGGUGACUCAUUUGGGCAGACGGACAGUCCAGGAAGCUAACAGAAGUCACUGCAGAGGAGAAGUGUUUAACACCAACAUUACAUGAUCACUGCAGCUGAUGACACGUUUUUCUGAACUUCCGUGUCCUAUAACAAGUACAAUACACCCCCUUUGUCCUCAACAAACUGAUUCAGCUCUAGGACCAACUCUUUGGGUCACUCAGGGAUGAGUUCGCUGCUAAAACCUUCACCUAAAGAGUCUAUAGUUGGUGGCCAGCCGCCUCACAGGAUGGCACCAUCUGCUGUUGUCUUUGGCCCCCCAUCUGCCCCCCCAGCUGUCCGGCCUCCACUAGACUUUGCCCUGGGUGCGCUUGCCUGCUGUGCAGCCUGUGUGUUCACCAACCCCCUGGAGGUUGUAAAGACCCGUCUGCAGCUUCAGGGAGAGCUUCGUGCUCGAGGGUCCUACCAGAUACACUACAGGGGAGUCCUGCAGGCCCUCUGGGUGGUGGGCCGCACAGACGGGCUCCGGGGCCUACAGAAGGGCCUCUCAGUGGGACUCAUCUACCAGGGUGUGAUGAACGGGGUGAGGCUGGGCUCCUACUCCUGGUGUGAAGCUCUGGGCGUCACCUCUUUCCAUGGAGGUAGUCUGCUGUCAGGGGCUGGGGCUGGAGCUCUUGGUGCCUUCAUUGCUUCUCCUGCCUACCUGGUAAAGACUCACCUGCAGGCUCAGGCGGUCAGUGCUAUUGCAGUGGGUCACCAGCACAACCAUCUGGGAGUGUCUGAUGCCUUUGUCUCCAUCUACAGACGAGAUGGCUUAACUGGUCUUUGGAGGGGGGUGAAUGGAGCGGUUCCUCGAGUCACAGUGGGAUCAGCUGCUCAACUGGCAACCUUCACCUCAGCCAAGGACUGGGUGUCACACUCUCAGUGGUUCAGCUCCAACAGGUGGCUCACGGCGCUGAUAGCCGCCGCGGUCAGUGGAGUUGCUGUGGCCAUCACCAUGACGCCGUUUGAUGUCAUCAGCACGCGCCUCUACAACCAGCCAGUGGAUGAGCUUCGAAGGGGGCGCCUGUACCAGGGAUUUUCUGACUGCAUGCUGAAAGUGUGCCAAGCUGAGGGUCCGCUGGGAUUAUAUAAAGGCAUGGGCCCUGUUUUCUUGCGACUGGCCCCUCACACCGUGCUCAGCAUGCUGUUCUGGGAUCUGAUGAGGCAACAGGCUGUCAAAGACCUCUAGAGCCAGACUAAAGUACUAGAGAUCUGUGCCUGGAGCGACGACUCCUCUACUGAUGCAGAAAACAUCCUCUGGACAUUUUUCUUUCACACACUCAGACACUGGUACCACUUUUUUGUCUUAAAGCUCGACCUGUUGUUUUACCAAUAGUUUUUAUAUUUAUUGUGUUAAAACUCAAACACCGGAAGUGUUUCCAGAGGUAAGAUCAGUUUGUUCCUUGAGCUAAGUUAGUGAUGGCUUCAUAUGCGACUUCCUUCUGGAAACUGUCCUUCUGUUCAGGGAAACUUGUUCUGAAGAACUUAGCCUCAGUCUUUGAUUCACAUCUGGUUAAACACCCGAAAGUUGCAGAUCAAGUUUAGCUUAUUUAAAAAACUGCAAAGCGUAGAUUUUGGUUUUUGUUUGUCGGGCUGAGAGCAUCUCAGCCGGGAGCCUUGACGAGAGGAAGUUGGAAACCGGAGGAGCGUGUUCUAAUGACUCAUCUUUGAGUUGUUUUUCAUUUUUAAAACCAAGGAAAAACUGCUGCUUUUUUGUGUUUUUAUGGGUGACUCUACUUGCCUUGUCAUUUCUUUGUAACAAAAGAAAUAUGUAUUUUUAAAUUUUAUUCACUGCAGCUGUGGAGCCACAUUGAUUUGAGGCCUUUGUUACAGCUUAUCAGGGGAUUUAGGAUUUUUAACUAUAAAUCAUCAAAAUAAAGAUGGUUUUUGUAAAAACAA